UAUCGCUGGACAAACAGGAAUGCAGCCGCUCGUCACGUCAGCAUGAGGAGACGCAACAAAAUCAGCUACACAUAGCAGAGUUCUGUGAUAAUAGAGGAAGAAAACUCUCAAUCCAGCACUGUCAAUUAUUUCUAGCAGUCCUCACGAUGCAGCGACGUGUCCGCUUUGUUGACUGUAACGUAGGAUGAAGAGUAGAUACCAGCUAGUUAGCUUGCUCUGACAGUCGGAGUACUAGCCUGUGGCUAACAGUUUGCUUCACGCUGUGAACUGAGACGGAAACAGUCAUGACACAUAAACGCAGCCUGUGUUCAGUUUCUCUUGGAGUGGAGGGUAUGACCUGCGGCUCUUGUGUCCAGUCCAUAGAGCAGCGCAUUGGGUCUCUUCCUGGAGUGAUGCAUAUAAAGGUGUCUUUAGAGGGCAAGAAUGCAACUGUCAUAUUUGACCCCAGCCAUCAGAGCCCAGAGUCUCUGUCAGAGGCCAUUGAGGACAUGGGCUUUGAAUCAAGUCUGCCAGCUUCCAGCAAAGCCACACCAGUCCCUACUGAUAUCCAGUUGGUCUCCACCUCGGGCAUGACACCCACAGCCCAACAGGAAGCAUUGAAGAAACUAUCACAAAUUCAGGGAGUGCUGGAUGUCAGAGAGAACCUGCCACAGACGGGCCUCACCGUCACCUUUGUUCCCUCCCUGACGUCCACGCAGCAGCUUAGUGAGGCGGUGGCCAGCGUAACACCGCCGGACAUCUCCACACCGAGCAGCCCUUUGCAAAAAGACCCCACCUCCUCUCCAUCUCAGACCACGCGAGGUGGAGCGGCCAUCCUUAAGCUGCGCAUUGAAGGAAUGACCUGUCACUCCUGCAUUACCACUAUUGAAGGAAAGAUUGGUAAACUCAAAGGGAUUCAAAAGAUCAAAGUUGUUUUAGAGUCUCAGGAAGCUACACUCGUCUACCUGCCUUACCUCCUCACUGUCCAAACCAUCAUUGAUCAAAUUACUGUGGUUGGAUUCAAGGCCUUUGUGAAGUCUAAGCCCCGCCCCCUGCAGCUGUCCCCCAGUGAAAUGGAGCGCUUUGUUGAUUCUCAAAAACAAACAAUUUCGUCGCCAUCUGAGACUUCGGAGGAGACUGAAAUCUUCAUAGACACCACGCUCGUCGCGCUUAGGGUCAAAGGCAUGCACUGCCGUUCCUGUGUGGUCAACAUUCAGGACAAUAUCUCAGUGCUGCCUGGUGUGUCUUCUGUGGAGGUGUCUUUGGAGAAUGAGAAGGCCUCCAUCUGCUAUGACCCCCAAAAGGUCACAGUGACUCAGCUGCAGCAGGCAAUUGAAGCACUGCCUCCAGGAAACUUUAAGACUCAACCGUGGGACUCCUCCGGUCCCCUCAGUCCUGUGUCCACAUCACCUGCUCGCACUUUACCACCGUCAUCAUCAUGGCCUACAGGAGCAAACCAGGCUAAACCUGCUGUCUUGCAGCCUUGUUUUAAUCAGCCACUGGGAUCUGUGGUGAAUAUCCACAUUGAGGGCAUGACAUGCAACUCCUGUGUUCAGUCCAUUGAAGGCAUGAUCUCCCAAAAGAAAGGGGUCAUGUCAGCCGAGGUCUCUCUGACUGAUCACCAGGGGAUCUUUGAGUACGACCCUCUGCUGACCACACCAGAGGAGUUGAGGGAGGCCAUAGAGGACAUGGGCUUUGAUGCCUUUCUGCCUGAGACCAACUCUCUGCUGCCUGCGCCACAUCCUCUUUCAUCGAAGUCUUCAAGUAUAGCACCUGUCAAAGGUAAAGAGGUGGACAGUGACCACCACAAAGAAACCCCCCAGGGACUUAGUGGAGAAACCAACUCUAAAUGCUACAUCCAGAUCGGAGGGAUGACCUGUGCUUCCUGUGUGUCAAACAUUGAGCGAAAUCUCAAGAAUGAACCUGGUAUCUACUCUGUUCUGGUGGCACUAAUGGCGAGUAAAGCAGAGGUCCGUUAUAACCCUGAAGUCACCGAUCCUAUGAAGGUAGCCGAGUGUGUGAAGGAGCUGGGCUUCACCGCCUCUGUUAUGGAGAACUAUGAAGGUUCAGGUGGAAACGUUGAAUUAGUGGUCAGGGGAAUGACGUGCGCUUCUUGUGUUCACAAAAUUGAAUCCAACCUCAUGAAAGAAAAGGGGAUUAUCUAUGCCUCUGUUGCCUUGGCAACCAACAAAGCGCACAUUAAAUUCGACUCUGAAGUUAUUGGACCACGAGACAUCAUCAAGCUGAUUGAGAAUCUAGGGUUCGAAGCGUCUUUGGUAAAGAGGGACCGCACUGCCAGCCACCUGGACCACAGCAAAGAGAUACGACAGUGGAGGAAGUCUUUCCUUGUGAGCUUGGUUUUCUGUGUGCCUGUGAUGGGUAUGAUGAUCUACAUGAUUAUUAUGGACCACCAGAUGACAAUUUCACAUCAUCACAACAAUACGGCAGAGGACCGCAACCGCUACCACUCCACCAUGUUUCUGGAGAGACAGCUGCUCCCAGGCCUCUCCAUCAUGAACCUCCUCUCCUUCCUGUUUUGUGUGCCUGUCCAGUUUAUUGGAGGUCGCUACUUCUACGUUCAAGCCUGGAAAGCCGUGAAACACAAGUCUGCCAACAUGGAUGUGCUAAUUGUUCUGGCCACUUCCAUAGCCUUCACCUACUCAUGCGUCGUCCUAAUUGUGGCCAUAGCGGAGAAGGCAAAAGUCAAUCCCAUCACGUUCUUCGACACACCACCUAUGCUCUUUGUCUUCAUCUCUCUGGGACGCUGGCUGGAACAGAUAGCCAAGAGCAAGACUUCUGAGGCUUUGUCCAAACUGAUGUCUUUACAAGCCACUGAGGCCACAGUCGUCACUCUCGGCAGUGAUAAUUCAGUUCUCAGUGAGGAGCAGGUGGAUGUGGAACUGGUUCAGAGAGGUGAUAUAGUCAAAGUCGUUCCUGGGGGAAAGUUUCCAGUCGAUGGGAGAGUCAUUGAAGGACAUUCCAUGGCCGAUGAGUCCCUCAUCACAGGUGAGGCCAUGCCAGUGACGAAGAAGCCCGGGAGCUCUGUGAUUGCAGGCUCCAUUAACCAGAACGGCUCUCUGCUUGUCAGUGCUACACAUGUUGGCAUGGACACUACGCUGUCUCAGAUUGUCAAACUAGUGGAGGAGGCUCAGACUUCAAAGGCUCCUAUCCAGCAGUAUGCAGAUAAAAUUAGUGGCUACUUUGUACCCUUCAUUGUUGGCAUAUCUGUGCUUACCCUGAUCGCCUGGAUCAUCAUUGGCUUUUUGAACUUCUCUCUGGUGGAGAUGUACUUUCCUGGUUACGACAAAUCCAUUUCCAGGACUGAGGCUGUGGUUCGCUUCGCCUUCCAGGCCUCCAUAACCGUGUUAUGCAUCGCCUGUCCCUGUUCCCUUGGCUUGGCAACCCCGACAGCUGUCAUGGUGGGCACAGGGGUCGGAGCCCAAAAUGGUAUCCUGAUAAAGGGGGGAGAGCCACUUGAGAUGGCGCAUAAGGUUCAGUCUGUGGUGUUUGACAAGACCGGCACCAUUACAUACGGGGCCCCAAAGGUUGUUCAAGUAAAGAUCGCGGUGGAGGGGAAUAAGAUGCCUCGCUCCCGCCUGCUGGCCAUUGUAGCCACAGCUGAGAACAACAGUGAACACCCGCUCGGAGCCGCUAUUACCAAAUACUGCAAACAGGAGCUUGGCACAGAGUCUCUUGGCACGUGCGUGGACUUUCAGGCGGUGCCGGGCUGUGGCAUCCGAUGUCAGGUGAGCAACACAGAGAGUCUGCUGAAGCAGUUGGACAGUGACAGCGAGGACAACAACCAGCGCAACAGUGUCCUAGUCCAGAUCAGCGACAGCCGGAUAUGCACCAGCUCCCAUCCACUCAUCAUGGACCCACAGCCGCAAAGCCUGGUUCAGACAGCCACCUAUGUAGUCCUGAUUGGGAACAGGGAGUGGAUGAGGAGGAACUGCCUGCGAGUCACACCUGAAAUCGACGAAGCCAUGAUCGAGCACGAGCGCAGAGGACGCACUGCUGUUCUGGUGGCCGUAGACGACCUGCUGUGUGCAAUGAUAGCCAUAGCAGACACAGUGAAACCAGAGGCUGAGUUGGCGGUCCACACGCUGACCAACAUGGGUCUGGAAGUUGUGCUGAUGACUGGAGACAACAGCAAGACAGCUCGGGCUAUUGCUGCUCAGGUCGGCAUCAGGAAAGUGUUCGCUGAGGUGCUGCCCUCCCACAAGGUGGCCAAAGUGGAACAGCUGCAGCAGGCGGGAAAGAGGGUCGCCAUGGUGGGUGACGGCGUCAACGACUCGCCCGCUCUGGCCAUGGCUGACGUGGGCAUCGCCAUAGGAACCGGGACAGAUGUGGCCAUAGAGGCCGCAGAUGUGGUGCUGAUCAGGAAUGACCUGCUGGAUGUGGUCGGCAGUAUUGACCUCUCUAAAAAGACCGUCAAGAGGAUCAGGAUCAACUUUGUCUUCGCUCUUAUCUACAACCUGGUUGGAAUUCCUAUUGCUGCUGGGGUGUUCCUUCCCAUCGGCCUGGUGUUACAGCCGUGGAUGGGCUCUGCUGCCAUGGCGUUGUCAUCCGUCUCUGUGGUUUUGUCCUCGCUUCUACUUAAAUGUUACACUAAACCCACUGCAGAGAAGCUGGAGGCCAGACUGGGUACCAGCAGGCGGCAGGGCAGCUUGUCUGACGUCAGCGUCCACAUCGGCAUGGGCGAGAUGCGUCGCCCGUCCCCCAAACUUAGUCUGCUAGACCGCAUCGUCAACUACAGUCGAGCCUCAAUCAACUCGCUGCGCUCUGACAAGCAUUCAGUCAACAGCUUCGUGCUCGGCGACCCCGACAAACACUCGCUGCUGGUCGGGGACGCUGCGAGCCACGAGGAUGACUUGUGUUGAAUCUGAGGAGCUUACAAUAGAAAGUGCGUUUAUUCCAGGCUGGGCCAUGCUAAGUCAAAAGGGUUACAUUGAAUAAUGGCCCUUCCAUCUGCUGUAGGUGCCCUCAGGCCAGCACUGUUUACGUGAAGAAAGCUUUCCCUUGUUUUCUUUUAGCCCAACCCACUGAUCACACUCUUCAGACUAUGAUGAGAUGGGUUUUGUUGAGGUUACGCUCUUGGGGACACUCUUAGACAAACUCAUUGACACUACAAUCCACAACUCUCCCGUGUCAGCUUCUUCAGAGCCAUGAAGCAGGUGCCACAUCCAGGAAGCAGAGCUGUGAUCAUCGUUGCAACUUUACAAUCUUGAACAUCUAUCCAAAGACAUUUAAACAGCGGUGCCCUUCCUAAGAGUGGACAGAGUAGAGUUUUAUUUUAGUUAAUCUCCCUAAAUGGAAAAGUGUUGUAUAAUUAUAUUCCAAACUAUUUAUACUAUUAUUUAUCUAUUUUUUUUUUCAC